AUGUGCAAGCACAUCCUCAACGCCCAGGUAGCCAUUCGUUCGCCCUGCUGCCGGAAAUGGUUCGAUUGCGCCGAGUGUCAUAGGGAGCAGGAGAAGCAUCCUCUUUUACAGUCAUUUGACAUGACGUUCGCUUGCAAGAAGUGCAAGAAAUGUUUUCGCAAAGACACAUCCGAAUUCGAGGAAAGUGACGAAUAUUGCCCGCAUUGUGACAAUCAUUUCGUGAUAGAAGCCAAGACCCCUCAGGCUUCGUUGCAAGUAGAGAGUGACGAUGUCCGUAUGGACGCGAGAAUGCUCAAGGACGAUCGCGUUCGCGGCGAUACAGAACGAUCUAUUUUCAAUAUUCGAGAUGCGGCAGACAGAUUGGGAUAA